CUAGGGUCGAGCAUCCCUAAGGCCGCCAUAUUGUUCUUACUUGUCAGAUUUCGUUUAUCGUUGUCGUGGUAUUUUAGUUCGAUUUUUGGUAAAACUGCAUAAUUAAUUAAGACCCAACGUAAAAUAGUGCAUUCCUGCUAAGUAAAUACAUUUAAUUGCGUGCAGAAUGGAUAAGGAAUUUGAUUGAUAAAGAAAUUGGGCGUAACUGUGACGCAUGACAUGACAGUACGUAUGCAUCUUUGAAGUGUUUACGCGGGCAAAUUUGAUUGUAUCAAGAUGUUGGGAAAGAGGAUGCAUCACAACAGCAAAGGCAGGCUGGCGAGCAAGGGUCACGAUGGCGGGAAGCCUUCGAGUCCGGGAAUUUCGCCUUACAAUAAGCCUGCAAAAAUACCAGGAUCUGUUUCUGCUGGUAAAAUCAAGGUUGAAACUUGUCCAAUACCGUAUACUAAAAUUCAAGAUAAUGCCGUGCAUCUUCCAAGGUUUACGGCGAUCGCUGCGCGCUCCUCGGACGAGCCGAUCGGGAUGGACGAGCUGGAUGCCCUGCAGCUGGAGCUGGAGUCCCUGCUGUGCAACACUGCCUUACGAAUACGCUAUUUUCAAUCAGAAAUCGACAGCAUUGAUACCAACGAAUCUAAGAGAGAAAAGAAGGGUAAAGCUGCUGGUAAACAAUUACAGUACCCUGUCAAAAGAAAAUUCAUGGAAGACAACAAAUUAGUGAAGACCAAAGAUUACACAAAAUUAUCCAACCAACCAAAAGUACCUAAGUUUAAAAACUUCUCAAAUACCUCCGGAGCUUCACACAGCUAUCCAAAUGAUCCAUUAAAUUCUGACAAUUCUGUGAAGUUGGAAAUGUCACAGUUUGCAUUGCCAAAGAAUAACAUUCCAUACAAAUUCUGGAAUUCUGUAGAACCUUAUUGUGCUCCAAUCACACUGGAUGAUAUAAAAUUUUUGGAAUCCUUAUUGGCACAGAGCAGUAACACGACCCUCCCACCUAUACCUCCACUAGGGAGACAUUACUCGGAGGUGUGGGCUGAUGAACAUCUGACCGAGGACCAAAAUGCCUCAAGCCUCAACAGACAUAAAUCUGGGAUGUCUCCUGAUGCAUCGAGCAUUCGUAAAAAGUUGGACAAUAAAUCAAAUGAAAACAUGAUUACAGGUCCACUGACUCAAAGACUUGUCUCAGCACUGAUGGAAGAAAAUGUGAUGCCUUAUGAAGUACCUGACAUAAAUGUUAAACAAAUCCCUAACACUAAGAAUAGUUACAAGAACUCACUAACAUUAGAGAAAUGUUUGAGGAAGGAAUUGGUGGAGCAAGGGAUUUUAGACCCAGAAGACUUGCCACCUCUUACAAACCCUGCAGAUGAUGAAAUUCUAGCAGAAAUAAAGAAGUGCCAGACUGAAUUGACUGCAGUUAGAAAAGAUAACUGCCGCAAUCUUAAAAACCUCAUUGGACUGUGUAAGCAAGAGAUGAUUAGACUCAACUUGAAGAAACAGCUAGAUCAAGUUGAUAUGGAAUGUAUUGAUAUUUACAAAAAGAUGGUAGCAGCUAAGCAGAAAAAGAGACCAAUUACUAAGAAAGAGAAGGAAGAUGCUUGGAGAGCAAUUAAUGAACAAAUCAGGCUAAACAAGGAGAUAAAUGCUUUGCCAUUGACGGGCCCUAAUACAAGCUAAGAAUAUAAACACAAUUGUAAAAUACUUUACAAUUUUAUCUUUUAAUAGUAAAUCAUCUACAAAUAUUGUAACAAUAACAAUGUUACUUCAUGUACUUUUUUUGUUAUUAUUGGCUACAUUAUUUAUCUAAGGUUAAAAUUAUAUUAGAAUGGCUGUAAUAUUAUAUUCUACAAUAAUUUGUAAACUGCUGUACAAGUGGUAAUCU